UGAGUUGACAUUAAUGACAGUUCAUCACUACAUGAAAAGCUUAGCUCGAUUUUGGCAAAACAACAAAACAUUUUAGAAUUGUUUUGAGUCCAGAAUCAGUUAUAAGAAUGAUAUCUAAUUUUGAUAAACUUUGUGUGGACUUGGAAAAACAGGAAUUAGAAGCACCCACUGGAGUUGCUUCACCUUCUACGUAUGCUCAGCUCUUAGUUAUUUAUUUGUAUCAAAAUGACCUGUGUAACGCAAAGUUUUUGUGGAAAAGAAUUCCACAAAGCAUCACAAGUAGUAAUCCCGAAAUAACUGCUAUUUGGGCAGUCGGACAGAAAAUGUGGAAGAAGGAUCUUGCCGGAACAUACCAAGCUCUAGCUAGCUAUAACUGGACUGAACCUGUAGCUAAUAUUAUAAGAGCACUUGAAGAGCGAGUCCGCGAGCGAGCGUUCUACCUAAUCGGCCGCUCGUACAACUCCAUAUCCCUUGACACCGUAGUCUCCAUGACCGGUCUCAGCCGCGAUGCGGUGCUACGCGCAUGCGCCGAGCGCAAGUGGACGCUACGAGAGGACGGCGUCACAGUAGACCCCACGCCCCCCGCACAACCCACCCCCCUUCACACCUCCAGCGAAGACCAACUCUUCAAGCUCACCGAGUUUGUGACAUUCUUAGAGAAUUAAGUAAGUGCUUUUUGUAUCUUAAGUCCAGUGAGAUAAUAACUUAGUAUUGGUAUUUAAUUAAGUUUUGUAAUAAAUGAUAUUAUAAAUA